GUAAUUUUCAGUCAGUUCAGUUUUAGCUGUUGUAUUCGGUUGGUUGGGUUUUUGUAUGCGUGUGAGCGGUUAAUAUAGUUAGUUAAUUUUAUGAAAAAUAUAAUGCUUCCGUAAAUACGAGUUCGUUUCAUUUCGUCAACAAAACAUAUGUCGAAUUAAAUAUAUAUUUGCAUUUACUUGAUCACAUCUAUAUGCUUACAUAUGUUGUGACAGUGAAUAUGAUAUACAAAAAUAAAAGAACAAGCUUUGAUUUCUAUUUAAUUAUACAAUUCAAAUUGUUCUCGUAAAAUUUCAUUUGUAUUUCUGUAUCAAAAAAUCAAGCAAAAUUUGUUUCGAACAAAUUAACAGUAAAAAGGUGUGGAGCACAAAAAAGAAGAAGGAAAAUAGUGGAAAAAUCGAUCUUAGUAAAAUUCCGCGUGAACCUGGUCUUAACUAUUAGUCAUACCCGGUCUUUGAAAAGCAAAAACAAGUAUCUCAGAUAUAUACGGUACUGGCACCUGUUGGUUGGCUGUUAAUACGAUUAACUGUAUGUGUUUUGUUGGGAUUAUUUUGUGAUUGGAGGAGAAUAUAUACAUAUAAGCAUAAUGACCCGCCUAACAGAAGAAAUGGUCAUUGCUAGGUCAAAGCAGUCUGAUUUGGCCUCAAUUAAGAAACUUAACUGUUGGGGAAGCGAUUUAAGCGAUGUAUCCAUAAUCAAAAAAAUGCGUGGUGUUGAGGUUUUAGCUUUAAGUGUUAAUAAGAUAAGUUCACUACAGCCUUUCGAAGACUGCGUUAAGUUACAGGAACUCUAUUUACGUAAGAAUAAUAUAAAGGAUUUGAAUGAAAUAGGUUAUCUACAAAAUCUUCCUAAUCUAAAAUAUCUCUGGUUAGAAGAAAAUCCUUGUUGCGAAAAAGCAGGACCUUCAUAUCGCGCCAUUAUUUUGCGUGCAUUGCCAAAUCUAAAAAAACUAGAUAACGUUGAAGUAACAGAAGAGGAGGUGAAUAAUGCUUUGAGUGUUGGUGGCGGUAGCGCAGGCAGUGAGCCUGGUUCCAAUCAAGGGGACGAGACAUACGACGAUGCUUAUGAAAAUCAACCACAUUCUACACAACGUGAGCAAUAUGAACAACAUCACCCGCAACAAUACCCGCAAAAUACUCAACGGCAGCAACAGUACCAGCAACAAAACUAUCAUCCACAGUCUCCACAAUCUCCACAGCAACAGUAUCAAUCACAGCAUGGUUUACAAAGGAGCAGCACAAGUCCAGUGAAGGAUCAAUCUCAAGCGAGCUCGGCUAGCACUGAGGAAAGUCUUAACGAGGCGUCUAAACCAGAAUCACCUGCACAGGAACAAAUGCAUCCACCUUCGCCUACAAAUUACAAUCCGCUAGCGAAAGAGAAUCGUAUGUCCUAUCAUCAAUUCGAUCAGUCACCUGGCUCCGAUCAGAGUCCACCUCUCAAUGUGUACAGAGAGCGUAGUGCUCCGAUUCCACCUAGUAUGUCAACACAUUCAAUGAAAGAAUACUAUCACUCUGAUCGGCCGGCACAUCCUGCACAAUACCGCCACAGUCAAAACGAUUUAACUGAAUGGGAUGAUCAGCACUCUCCCCACAAUCAGUUCGGUAGUACAGCUGCAUUAAACAAUAGACGCAGUGCUGGACCAGAAAGGGAGCCAUUCGAUCGUUAUCCUUACAGGAACGGUAAUGCUAGAGAAAAUGGAGAUUGGGAUGAUGUUGAGAGAAAUAGACAAAGGCGAUCCGAUGGCAGGUUCAGCGAAACGGGCAGCAAUGUUUCACCCGCCGUUCUAAGUCACUUAGCAAACUACAAUUUUAGGCGCCCAAUUCACAGAAAUUCCAAUCUCCUCUCGGCUACGUUAUGCUUGGUAAGAGAACUUGACUAUCCAAGUUUGGAAGUUGUGGAACAUGCUGUCCGUUGUCGCAUUGAUGAGCUGACAACUCAAUGAUCGAUAUGAAAUCAGUUGCCACGUUGUAAUUCGAACAAACCGCAGAGAUGACAUCUUCAUUAACAAAAUUAACCGAAACUAAUUAUUUUAAUCUCACACGAACAACUAAAAGAAAAAUAAUUUCUUUAAUUUGAAAUUCUCAAAUUAUAUUUUACAUACGAAUAGUUUUAUAAUUCAAAGUUAUUCCUAAAAUCAGGACAAUUAAUGUGUAUCAGAUUAUUUUGUUAUAAAAUAAUGUUAAAUAACAAAAUCGUAUGUAAAAUACUUGCCAAUUGCCAAUCCAAAACAAUGCAAUAUAAAAACCAUUUAUUAUAGCAUGAAACAA